AAUUAUCGAAAUGGGCCUCUUCAGACGAAAUUUGGCCCAAAACAAAAUCUCUAUGACUCGGAACCCUACCGGUUGUGUAGUCAUUCGUUCCGAAAUCGCCAUUGAGAAGCUCUGUUUCUCUGCUCGGAGCUCAAAUCUUACUUCCUAGCUUGUCGUCGGAAUCCAGUCCUCAACCAUGGAGUUUUCUCAGGAUGAUUUUGAUCGUCUUCUUCUCUUCGAGCACACUCGAAAAACCGCCGAAGCUAACUACGCCGCCAACCCACUUGAUGCCGAUAAUUUGACCAAGUGGGGAGGAGCAUUGCUUGAGUUAUCUCAAUUUCAGAGUGUUUCUGAUUCCAAAAAUAUGAUCAAAGACGCUGUUGAGAAGCUGGAGGAAGCUUUGACUAUUAAUCCCACGAAGCAUGAUGCUCUUUGGUGUAUUGGAAAUGCUCACACUUCACAAGCUUUUCUGACUCCCGAUAGGGAUGAGGCCCAAGUCUAUUUCGAUAAAGCACAGGAGUGUUUUCAGAAGGCACUAGAUGAGGAUCCUGGUAAUGAACUAUAUCACAAGUCCCUGGAAGUCGCUGCAAAGGCACCGGGGUUCCAUUCGGAGAUCCACAAGCAUGGUACCAGUCAACAGAGUGCAGGGUCUUCAGGCGGGGGAGCUACUGCUGCUUCAAACCCAAAGAGUUCCAAGAAGAAGAGCAGCGAUCUAAAGUAUGACAUAUUUGGAUGGGUCAUCCUUGCUGUUGGAAUCGUUGCAUGGGUUGGAAUGACAAAAUCUCAUGUUCCACCUCCUCCUUCGAGGUGAAACUUUUAGAUUCUGGAACUGCAAACCUACUCUUCCUUAAAGUCUCUUUGAGGGUAUGCCCUGCCCCUCAUGGAAGUGCCCAACAGGCUACAAUGAAAAAGAAUCUCUUCAUUGUGAUGCAGAAUACCUGCCUUCUUCCUGGUAUUUAACUCGUAAAAGUGUUUCUCAUUUCUAGUGUACCUGGUUUAGCUUUGAGAUCAUUUUUGUUUAGUUGAUAAUUAGCCAAAAUCUCAAAUUUGCUGUAUCAUUUUUUUUCUUUUAUCAAAGAUAUAAAAUAUUUGAACUUGUAGUUGGUUUAGUUGAAUGAUAUUAAUCAUUCCAUUUUUAGACUUUUGCCUUUUGGUAUUCCUGUGGUAACAAGCAGCCUGAUUAUAUGAAGAAUUUCAACUGGGAGAAUGUUUAUUCGUUUUUGUAAUUGGUUGAGUAGUGUUUCUAUGUCGAUUCAUUCA